ACAGUUUUACGUGUUAGUUUUAUUUAUCGUGUAUUUUGUUAAAACAAUUGAUAAAAUUAUCGUUUGAAUUGAAACCUAUUUAAGGUAACGAUUUUGUUAUUUCUUUUCAUUGAAAAUAAAAAUGUUUUACUAAGGAUAAAAGAACAACUUAAUACAAUGGCCGAAGUCAUUGUUUUGUUGCUAAAAAUAUCACUGUUAUUUUUAAUUCUGCCUUGCAAAACGCAGAUAAAAAUUAACAUAACUAUGGCAUCGAAUAAACAAUACGUGUUGGUGAAUUAUACCGGAUUUCAUAACAGGUUGAUAACAGACAGGGAUAUAACACUGUUCAAUAUAACGAAAGACAAUCUUAACUUCGGCGUGAAAGUAGAACUCGGGAAGGCACCAAACGAUAUUUUUUUUAAAGAUCCAACACCGUAUUAUAAUCUUUACGAAAAAUACCAUUGGCCUCAAGUCCAGAGGCAUAUGUAUAUAAAGAGAGCUACAGUUUUAGACGUAGUACAUGAAGAGACUGUUCUGAAGACUGCUGAGUAUAUCAACAAUAGUACAGACGUCGUAAAAUAUAAUAAAUCUCUAACAGAAGACGUGGAAUUCACUGUAUUCACGUUUUGGUCUGAAAAAGGAUUUCCAAACGAAGACAUUUUCUACAGACCCUGCAUAGAUUUUCCAACGAACAGGCAUUGUUUCAUAAACAAAUGGAGAGACAGCACCAUCCAAAGCAUCAAGGAGCCUCUUGGCGUGAAGAAUGUCAAAGGUACAGUCAAAAUAAAACCUGGUCAGACAAUUGUUAGUAAAUUGAUAGCAAAUAAAACUGCGAUAUUUGUCGAAAUCGAAUAUUCAGCUAAGCUUAUCGGGAGCAUCAUCACAGAUUAUGAGAAUCUGUAUGGAAAAUAUCAUUUUUAUGCCCCAGCCGUGGCUGAUAUAAUGAAAGCUGGUUCAAUACCUAAUGAAAUCGUCACCACUGAGAGAAUAGAGAUCAGAGGGUACACAGACCCGAGGAUGUUUAUGCACGAUAAGGAAACAGGAGAGGAAAUACGAAUAUUUAGUCGUGUAAAAUUAACAGGACAUAAAAAUAAAAUAAUAUUACAGUAUAUUGUUAGCUAAGCUGUUAAGUUAGUUUAUAUAAUACCUGUUAUUGUAUAAUCAAUUACUUUUAUAUGGAUUAAAUAAAGUUCCAAUAAAACUUUUAGUUUUUGUCAUGGAAAUAGUAGGUAUUCCGUUGUACGGAGUACCUACUAAUUCCAUAGCUUUUGUAGACAGCU